CUGUAGGUUUGUUGGUUCUGCACUUAACAAGUAAGAUCAUGGAAGAUCUAGAGGAAGCAUUCUAUGAAGAUGUUGACAACUAUUCCUAUGCCCUGGAAUAUUCCCUCCCGGAGUCCGAUUCGGAGGAGAAAGUGUACUUGGGAGCAGUUCACUGGGUCUCCUUGGUGUUCUGUUGCAUAGCGUUUGUUCUGGGAGUUCCAGGAAACGCCGCUGUCAUUUGGUUCACAGGGUUCAAAUGGAAGAAGACAGUCACCACUCUCUGGUUCCUGAAUCUGGCCAUCGCUGAUUUCAUUUUUGUUCUCUUCCUGCCCCUGUACAUCUCUUACGUGCUCAUGAGCUUCCACUGGCCCUUCGGCCUCUGGUUGUGCAAGGCUAAUUCUUUCAUCGCACAGUUAAACAUGUUUGCCAGUGUUUUCUUCCUGACAGUGAUCAGCCUGGAUCGCUACAUCCACUUGAUCCAUCCUGUAGUAUCCCAUCGGUACCGAACCCGAAGAAACUCCCUGGUGGUUAUUAUAUGUGUGUGGUUUUCAGCUUCUCUAGUUGGCGGCCCUGCCCUGUACUUUCGGGACACUAUCGAGUUCAAUAACCACACCAUCUGCUACAACAAUUUCCAUGAGCAUGAUCCUGACAUAAUUAUGAUGAGGCACCAUGUUCUGACCUGGGUGAAAUUCAUUGCUGGGUACCUGUUCCCUCUGCUAACGAUGAGCGUUUGCUAUUUGUGCCUCGUCCUCAAGGUGAAGAAGCGAAGCGUCCUGAUGUCCAGCAGGCAUUUCUGGACAGUCCUCGCUGUGGUCGUGGCCUUUGUGGUCUGCUGGACACCUUAUCAUCUGUUUAGCAUUUGGGAGCUCACCAUUCACCACAAUAGCUCUUCCCACCAGGUGCUGCAAGCCGGAAUCCCCCUCUCCACUGGCUUGGCAUUCCUCAACAGUUGUCUGAACCCCACCCUCUACGUCCUCAUUAGUAAGAAGUUCCAGACUCGCUUCCGGGCCUCAGUUGCUGAGAUCCUCAAAUAUACCUUGUGGGAAGUCAGCUGUUCUGCCUCAGUGAGUGAAACACUGAGAAACUCUGAAACCAAGAGUCUGGGGCUCUUGGAAACAGCCCAGUGAGUUAACAUCUUUU